GUUGAUGGUUGUUGUUGUUGUGUCAAGAGGGAGGUUGUUGCAGCUCUGAUACUACCACCAUUACCACCACUACAACACACUCCCCACCCUCUCAACCACUCUAGUCAACACCAACAACACUUCACGCACCUGCCCACACCAACAUCACCAAGCAUGGCUGAUGAUAAAGGUGUGUAGAACAGUGAUGAAGUGGGACGCCACUCCGGUCCUCGCCCGCCACGUUUGCUCGGGAAAUGAUGGUUCAGCGUGGGCUGGGGGCCAUCCUGGCCAAUAUGGGUGCUGGAAAAAUUGGGAUUGGUAAACCUGUUGAAAAGAAGCCACCUCCUACCCCUCCCAAAGUAAAUUCUGCUUCCAAGUCCAAACCAGAGGGAAACCAAGAAUUUACUCAAAACUCGUCGGAAGGAUGGGGUGAUCACAAGGAAGGGAGCAGACCCAACAGUGAAGGGGCUGCCAAAAACACAAAUAAUCAAAGAAAGGAUAUUGAAAAAAGAGAAGAGAAUGAGAACUUGGGAGCCAUCCAUCGUGGUGUUGGGGCUAUUCUAGCCAACAUGAGCAAUAGGAACCUUGGUGGCAGUAGGCCUGGUGGUGAGAUGAAUCAAGGAGGCAAUAGGCCUGGUGGUGAGAUGAAUCAAGGAGGUAGCAGGAGUGCCAAUGAGAUGAACCAACCAAAUAACAGGCCUGGUAGUGAAAUGAAUCAAGGAAAUAACAGGCCUGGCAGUGAGAUGAACAAAGGAGGUAAUAGGCCUGGUGGUGAAAUGAACCUUGGAGGUGCCAGAAGUGUCAGCGAGAUGAAUCCCUCACUUAAUAAAGGAAAUGUGCCCCAACGACUACCACAAAGAAAUCAAGGCUUCAACAUGAAUUGUCCAAGAGAAUAUGGAGGGUGGGAUGUUGACUGUGGACCUGGUGCAAACAAUGAUCCUUCAAACACACGCCCUACAAAUAACCAGAGAAUGGGCAACUUCAAUAAAGGGGACUUUAACUCAUGCAGAGGACAUCUGCGGAAAACUUUUGGAUUUCAAGAGAAGUCUCUACUGGGUGAAUAUCCUGGCCCAGGAAGCUCUGGUCCAAGAACAUCUUUUAAUCCUGACUCGGUGAAUACACGUCCAACACAAGAAGGCAGUGUCGACAGAGGAGGCGGGAAUAUAAGGACAAGGCCUUCAGCAGGAUACAAGCGCGACGCACCUCAAGGGCAUGCUGAUGACACCAAGAAACAGAGGCGAGAUCAAGACGAUUAUGCUUUUAAUGAAAAAAAUAACUGGAAUGACAAUAUGGAAUGUGAUGACGAAGAGGAGGAUACCACCUCUAUUGCCGAGGAAAAUAAAAAAUUAGCGGAAGAGUAUGGUGGUAAUUUCAUCACUGUAAAAUCCAUUAAAGACCAACCAGGGAAGAUGGGAUACUAUUGUGAGCUUUGCUAUGCAGAAAUGAAUGCGAAGAAAUCCUUGGAGCUGCACUGUGGUGGUAUGAAACAUUUAAAGAAAAAGAAUCUGUGGGAGAAGAAGAAAGCUGGCUUAGAUGAUGGAAGUAAACCUGGUAUGGAUUCAGCCCCUCCUGGUCCGCCUGGUCCAUCUGCCCCACCUGGUCCACCCAACCUAACUGGUCCACCUGGUACAUGUGGUCCACCUAACCUAUCUGGCCCAUCCGGCCCUCCUGGCACAUGUGGCCCACCUGGUCCACCCGGUCAACCUGGCACAUGUGGCCCAACUGGGCCACCUGGCACUUGUGGCCCACCUGGUACUUGUGGCCCACCUGGCCCACUUGGUGGGGAUUCAUUACGUCCACCUCCUGGACGUCUCUUACCACCAGGUGUCUUCAGCAGAGAUGAUGAUAAUGCAAGGGAUCACCAGGAUCAUCCAGAUCAUGACUUCUCUGGACGUGAUGGAAGAAUGGAUCAAUAUGAACAAAAAGGAUACGGCAGGAGAGACGUCAUGUCAAGGAAUGAUGUGCCUACCAACCCAUUUGGCCUUGACUUCUCCAAACCUCCUCCAAUAUCUAUACAACCCCAAGAAAAAGUCUCGACAAAGUCAACAGGAUCGCUCCUUAAAAGACUGGCUGAGAAUACCGUGAAGGAUGACGAUGAUGCAAACUUAGCCACAGAGGUCGUUACUCUUCUCUUGAAAUCUCUCAAAGAAUACCAUGAGAAAAAGAAAUCUGUAAACACUGUGCAUCUGAUUUCCGAGGCUCAGAUUAAAUUCAACAUUGUAAUGGAGCUUGAGAAAGCAGCGCAGCUAGGAAGAGCAAACUCUAAUAAGGGCCAAGAAAAGAGUGAACCUGAACAAGCUCAAACUAAUACAACAAACAACAAUGCACAGAAGGAGCCAACACAGAGUUUGACAGUACAAAACUUUGACCCCAUAGGACAAAGUUACACUACACCACCACCGAACUACAAACCUCCAUCAGAGACUUACAAAGCUCCAUCACAGAAUUACAAAUCAUCACAAAAUUUCAACUCUUCACAACAGGAGUUUAACCCUGCAGCACAGAAUUACAAUGCGACACCGAAUUUUAGCUCUACAACACAGAGCUAUAGCCCUGCUGGACCAAAUUAUAAUUCUGCAGGACAAAAUUAUAGUUCUCCAGGACAAAAUUACAACUCCCCUGGACAAAAUUAUAAUUCUCCUGUUCAAAAUUAUAAUCCUGUAGUACACAGUUAUAGUACUCCAGCACAGAAUUACAAUCCUGCUGUACAGAAUUACAGCCCUGCUGGACCUGGUUUCAAUCCUGCAUUACACAGUUUCAACCCUGUAGCUGGUUUCUAUAGCUUCCCACAGAUUGGCUCUAUCUUACCUUUGCAGGCCAGCGGACAUUCACUAUUCAGUGCCCCGCCACCCCCACCUCCACCUCCACCACCUGCUACAUCAUCAUUUGGAUACACUCAGUAGUUUGAUGAGACUUGUAUAUAGGAAUCUUUUAAGUACUACUUGUGCUGCUUUAGAGCGGUACAUUGAUUGUUUACACUUAAAAGUAUGUCAGAUAUUUUCAGUGCUUCAUGCCUGUACUCUGCAAACAAAUAUCAGCCAGAUAAUGAUUUUAUUGAUAGUUGCUCAUAAGUAUGUGACUCUAAAAGUAAAAUAAUUUAAUAAAAUACAUAAAUGAUACUGACCAGAGAAAUGCGCAUUUGAAAGGAAUAUAAUAAUUCAUUUUAUUCCUCUUUAUAUUCACUUUAUUGUUAUUCUUACAAUAAUUAGAAGAAAUAGAACUACCCAGUUAUUUAUCAGGAUUAACUUAAAUUCAAGUGUGACAUUAAAGUCUGUUGUAUGUGAUUGUUCCCAAUCUUACAUAAAUAAAAAGUCAUUUUAAUGUAAAAUUAUAACAUGGCAUUCAUGUACAGUUUGAUCCUCAACCUUAAUAUUGCCCUUAAGAUCAGCAAUGUUGUCAGUACAAGAAAGUACAAGUUUAUAUGUCAUAUAACUUUCAGAAUAUAAAUUUACUUAGUAUGAUAGAAAACCUCUGUUAACAGAGACCGGGUUUAGAGCUUAGUCUGAUUAUAUUCUUAUUAUUGUUAACAGAGACAAAGAAUCAGUAUCAAUAUGUCAUGUCACAUGGUACCCUUAGCAUUUAUUUUCAUGUUUAUAUUAUCAACAUUACUUAAUGUUUUUUGGAUCAUUAUUUUGCAGUAUUUCAUCAGAAAGUUUUGUGAUAUUUUGACAGUCAUUUUAGUGAGCAGUGUGUGACCUAAUUAUCAUCUUGUUCCAAGUCAGAAGCAUCGCUCAAAUCAAUACUUACAGUCAGACUAUCGUACUUUUUUUUUUUUUUUUUUUUUUUUAAUUCUCGGUCAGGACUUCAAAAAUGCUUAUGAUCCUCUUUCAUUAAUUUUUUCUGUAAUCUUAUACAUUUCAUCGUAGUUAUCACUGAUGUAAAGUUAAAAAAUGAGUGUUAAUGCAUGUGUGUAAUUGGGAAUUGACUAAAUAGAAUGAUCACUUAAGUGGUAAAUAAGUGUAUAUAAUUUUUAAAAAUUGCUAGUUCUAAAUUAGAGAUGAAAUCCUAUCCUACACAGAUCCUUUUAUUUUCAAGAGGUUGUAAGACUGUGGUCAUAGUGUCCACCAUUUAUGCCUCUUUAUCACACUCCACAAUUUAAAAUAUUGCUUUGAAAGAUAUGAUUUCAAUAUGAUAGAAGUUCAGUUGUUUAUGGAAAAAAAUUAAUGAACCCUAGGAGACUGUCAACAAUAAUUUUGUUUUUGAUAGAAGGAUAAAAAUACACAAAUACUUCUCAUGGAAUGGAAGUUACAGAGGUUUCUUAGCUUACAGUUAAGUUGUUGUGAAGUUGGGAUUAUAUCACUGAAAUGUAACUUAAUACACUGCUUCCCUUGUUAUGGGGGAUGCAAUUAAGAAUACUUAGAUUUAACAGGAAACUAAUAUGCUAAGUAACAAAUUACUUGUACUGUAUUUAAAAAUUAAUUGAUAUCAAUGACAUUUUCAUGUAUUUCAUAGAAAGAUUGAGUAAAUUAUUGUGAAAGCCUUUCUGUUGUCUUAAUUUGUUAAAACCACUUAAUGUUCAAAGUUUUAAUAAUUAUUCAAGAAUAUUAAUCAGGAAUGUCUUAUUUCCAUUGUAAAAGUAUAUUUUUACCUUAAAUGUGUGUACAAAAACUGUUUUCAUGUAUGAUACUGCAAUGAUUUUGAUUUGAUAGUCUGUAGUUUUGUGAAAGUAAAUAAAAUUCAGUCACUUA